ACUGCAACCACGUACAUACCUUAAACACCAUGGAACCGCAGCUAACAAGGCUAGGCGGCUCCCUCUCUGUGCCUUUUGUUCAAGAGAUGGCAAAACAGCCACUCGUUGAACUUCCCCCACGGUAUAUCCACACUGACGAAGAUCCACCCUUUGUUGCUGACACACUUUCUCUGCCCCAUGUUCCAGUCAUAGACCUGAAAAAGUUACCCUCCGAGGAUGUCGAGAUGGAGAGAUUUCACACUGCGUGCAAAGAUUGGGGAUUCUUCCAGUUGGUUAAUCAUGGAGUAAGUAAUGAAUUGGUGGAGAAGGUGAAGCUGGAGAUCAAAGAAUUCUUUGAUCUUCCGAUGGAAGAGAAGAAGAAGUUCUGGCAACACCCAGGGGAGUUGGAGGGCUAUGGACAGGCCUUUGUAGUGUCCGAGGAACAGAAGCUUAACUGGGGAGACAUGUUCUAUGUGAUCAGUCUACCUACUCAUCUCAGGAAACCUUACCUCUUUCCUAAGUUCCCUGCGUCACUCAGAGAAACCUUGGAAGCUUAUUCAGCAGAACUGAAAAACCUUGCCAUGAAAAUGCUUUGCCUCAUGGCAAAGGCUCUAAGAAUGGACCCUAAAGACAUUGAAGACCUGUUUGAAGAAGGGUUUCUAUCUAUGAGGAUGAACUAUUAUCCACCGUGCCCACAGCCAGAGCGCGCUAUCGGCCUUAAUUCCCACUCAGAUGCCGUUGGCCUCACCAUCCUCUUACAGAUAAGUGAGGUAGAAGGCCUCCAGAUAAAGAAAGAUGGGGAGUGGAUUCCAAUAAAACCUCUCCCAAACGCAUUUGUCAUCAACAUUGGAGACAUUUUGGAGAUUGUUUCCAAUGGAAUAUACCGUAGCAUCGAGCACCGAGCUACUGCUAACUCAGAAAAGGAAAGGCUUUCCAUCGCCACAUUCUACGCCCCUAAACUUGAUGGAGAUUUGGGUCCGGCACCAAGCCUUGUCACACCAGAAACUCCAGCACUGUUUAGAAGAAUGGGUGUUGCAGACUACUUCAAGGGGUAUUUUUCUCGGGAGCUGAGAGGAAAAUCUUAUGUGGAUGUCUUAAGGGUUCAAAAUCAGCCGACUGUAUGCUCUGGGACACUCCAGAUCUAAGAGGAAGAACUUGGGCAACACCAUCAAUACCAGUCAAUAAAUGCGGCUUGUAAAAUCCUGUCACUCAAGGUCAAGGAGUCACCAAAGGCGGCAAGGAAAGAAUAAUCUGCAUAUUUCCAUCUACACGGCUAGACUUUAUAUGUAUACAUGCUUCAGCUUACACUCGGUUGUUAUUGCCCCAAGUGCAAUAUUUUAUU